CACACGUGAACUCGGUCUUUCCGCUGCCGUUACCACGGCGAAGAAACAGUCGAUUAUUGUCCUAUGAAAUGAGAGCAUGACCAGCGAACGCAGCCACGAGCUCCACCCCUGUGAUUGCUCAGUUGUUUAUCUUUUCUCGGUACAUAAUCUCUGACAUGAUCGAAGGUCUGCUUCCUGAUGUCAAUGUCGAUAUAACCUGUUGACAAAGCCGCGUGCUCGGGUCAUUGGAUGUCUCUUCGCGUCCGAAUCAGCGAUGAGGACUUGCAGUAUGCGGCCGGUCCGUUCUCACACUGGCUGAGAACUGAAUAGUGAAUGUGGGCCGCCCUGCGGCUCGUCCUACAGCUCCCGCCAUGGGUAAUACAGCCACCAAGUUCCGCAAAGCACUUAUCAGUGGAGACGAAGGCCUGGCUUGGCAGCUCUAUGUGAGUAAUCCUCAAUUUAAAGAAUCCUUGGACCCCAAUGCUUCUUACGGGGAGCCCUAUCAACACAACACAGCCCUGCACUACGCCUCAUGCCAUGCCAUGACACGCCUUAUCAGGUCUUUCCUUCUCUCCAAAGACGGCAAUCCCAACAAGUGCAAUAUUCACAAUGAGACGGCACUGCAUCUGCUGUGCAUGGGCCCACAGAUCCUGCUGGGCGAGGGGGCGCUGCAGCCGCGGAUCAGCCGCCCCCAGGAGGAUGAACGGAAGCGGGCUGAGUGCCUCCAGAUGAUCCUGCUGUGGACCGGAGCCAAACUGGACCAGGGCGAGUAUGAGAGAGCCAACGUCAAUGGCACUGACAACAAAAAGAGCACCUGCCUGCACUACGCUGCAGCUGCUGGCAUGAAGAACUGUGUUGAGUUGUUGGUGAAGAGUAAUGCCGAUUUGUUUGUGGAGAAUGAGGACAGGGAGACGCCGUGUGACUGUGCAGAGAAGCAGCAGCACAAGGAGUUGGCGCUCAGUCUGGAGUCUCAAAUGGUUUUCUCUCAGGAUGCUGGCGCUCAGGAGAUAGAAGCAGAGUAUGCUGCCCUUGACCGACGAGAGCCAUAUGAGGGACUGAAGUUGCAGGACUUGCGUCGAUUGAAAGACAUGUUGAUAGUGGAUACAGCAGACAUGUUGCAGGCUCCUCUUUUCACGGCCGAGGCAUUGCUGCGAGCUCAUGACUGGGACAGGGAAAAACUCCUGGAGGACUGGAUGUCUAAUGAAGAGGACUGCUGUCAGCGCUCAGGUGUUCAGAUGCCAACUCCCCCACCAAGCGGAUACAAUGCUUGGGACACACUGCCUUCACCUAGAACUCCCAGAACUACUCGCUCCUCUGUCACCUCCCCUGAUGAGAUCAGCCUUUCUCCUGCUGAUGGCUUAGCCCUGUGUGGGAUUUGCAUGUGCCCCAUAUCUGUGUUUGAGGACCCUGUGGACAUGUCCUGUGGACACGAGUUCUGCCGGUCAUGCUGGGAAGGGUUUUUAAAUUUGAAAAUCCAAGAUGGGGAAGCACAUAACAUCUUCUGCCCUGCUUAUGACUGCAUCCAGCUGGUUCCCGUAGAAGUCAUUGAAAGUGUUGUCUCCAGAGAGAUGGAUAAGCGCUACCUGCAGUUUGAUAUUAAGGCUUUUGUGGAUAAUAAUCCUGCCAUCCGCUGGUGUCCCGUAGCCAGAUGUGAAAGAGCUGUACGACUGACUCGCCCAGGCCCUGGAGCCUCUGACCCUCUGAGCUUCCCUUUGCUCAAAGCCCCUGCUGUGGACUGUGGGAAGGGCCACCUCUUCUGCUGGGAGUGUCUUGGUGAUGCUCAUGAACCCUGUGACUGUGAGACAUGGAAGAUGUGGUUGCAAAAAGUGUCUGAAAUGAAUCCUGAAGAAUUGGCUGGUGUGAGUGUAGCCUAUGAAGAUGCUGCCAACUGUCUGUGGUUACUCACUAACUCUAAACCCUGUGCCAACUGCAAGUCCCCCAUCCAGAAAAACGAAGGCUGUAAUCACAUGCAGUGUGCAAAGUGCAAGUAUGAUUUCUGCUGGAUUUGUCUAGAAGAAUGGAAAAAACACAGCUCCUCUACUGGAGGUUACUAUCGCUGCACACGCUACGAGGUCAUCCAGCAGGUGGAUGAACAGUCCAAGGAGAUGACUGUGGAGGCAGAAAAAAAGCACAAGAGCUUUCAGGAACUCGACCGUUUUAUGCAUUAUUACACUCGAUACAAGAACCAUGAACACAGUUACCAGUUAGAAGAACGACUUUUGAAAACAGCCAAAGAGAAGAUGGAACAACUGAGCAAAGCUUACAUUGGAAGGGAAGGAGCCCCACCUGACACCACAUUCAUUGAGGAUGGUGUGCAUGAACUUCUCAAGACCCGACGCAUUCUUAAGUGCUCUUAUCCUUACAGUUUCUUCUUAGAGGCCAAAAGCACAAAGAAAGAAAUAUUUGAACUUAUGCAGACUGAUUUAGAGAUGGUCACUGAAGAUCUUGCUCAAAAGGUGAACAGGCCUUACCUCCGCACCCCUCGCCAUAAGAUCAUCAGUGCUACGUAUCUUGUGCAGCAGAAGAGACGAGAGUUCUUGGCCUCUGUGGCUCGAGGUGUUGCUCCAAACGAUUCACCAGAAGCUCCACGCCGCAGUUUUGCUGGUGGUACUUGGGACUGGGAGUAUCUGGGAUUUGCAUCGCCUGAGAUGGUGAGGAAUCACCCAGUACGGGGAUCAAACACGCAGCGUGAAAGCAAUUUCAAUGCAGGAGGCCAGCCACAGGAAUACUCAGAGUUUCAGUACAGACGGAGACACCGGCAACGGCGCAGAGGAGACCUGCUGAGACUACACAGCCUCCGCAGUACCACCCCUGAACCCCAGGACUCCAAUGACAACACUUUAGAAACACAUGAAGGAGGCAGUUCACAAAGACAUGGAAUCUCCACGGCACUUGGGUAUCUGGACGAAGAUGACCCCAAUAUUCUGCUGGCCAUUCAGCUGUCCCUACAGGAUUCUGGGCUGGCCUUAGACUCAGAGUCUCAGGAUGUGCUCAGUACCGACGCCUCUGUAGGUGCCAGUGGCUCCUCUAUGCCCUCUAGACUGGAUUCUGCCCCCCAUACUGUGGAUUCCCCCCAGGCAUCCAUGAGCAGCUCAGAGCUCCUGGAACUGGGAGACAGCCUUAUGAGACUGGGCAAUAUUACCAGCCAUUACACACCCUUUAACAUGAACUCUUACCCUGAUGCCUUGGGUAACGCCUUCACCCCUGGUGAUCCAGAGUGCCUGGACCCUUCUACCAAUGCCAACCUGCUUGGCAACAUUAUGGCCUGGUUCCAUGAUAUGAACCCUCAGAGCAUUGCACUGAUACCCUCAGCCACCUCGAAUGCUGGUCCUGAGCCACUCGUUUCUGGAGAGGGACACGAAGAACCUACCAAACCCCAGGACGAGGAGAACGAGGUGGGAAGGCCAGAGCAGGGUUCCACACAUCUGACGAAAGAGAGUGCGGGCAUAUUGACGGCACAACUUUUGGAACUAGAAUGUGUGGAUGAUGCACAACAGACUAAAGUAGAGCCAGAUUUGGAUGAUUUGGGGAGAAGUGUAGAUCUCACUAGCACAGUUUGUCCAGAGAGCAGUAGUAAUCGUGAUGUCCAGGUAAAUGACCUCUCAGAGUGGGAGGAAGAAAUGCACCUAGUGUGAGAAAUUAGUUCAGUUAAGUUCAACAAUUGAGUGCUCUUAUUGUGCCAAAACACUAAAUAAAUGCAGAACUGCACCUGUAUAAUAACAAAUGUGGUGCAAUGGAAUUAGACAGGGCUUGAUGUAGUGGUGUGCAUCUGGUGGAACAAUAAAGAAAGUGUGGUCAUAAUCAAGCUGAUUAAAGUUGGUUAGAUAGUGUGAGGAAGUAAAUGUUGCAAAGUAUUAACCCAAGCAAGGUCACUUUGGCCAUCCCCAGAAAUCUUGCUUUGGGUGCCAUUAGUGAAUCUGUAAUAGAUUGGAGAUUAAUUCUAAAGAAAGAGUCCACCCAAUAAUAAAAAUGUAUGUUUUCGUUUACUGAAAAUGUAAUUCAAAACCCUUAUGACUUACUUCACUGAAGAAUUUUUGAAGAAUGUUGACGCUGCUCUUAUUGAAUUAAUUUAAAGUGAAAGGGGACAGUGGCUAUUCCAUCUUCUUUUGUGUUCCAUGAGAAAAAAAGUCAUUCAUGGGUUUCUGGAACAACAUGAAGUAAAUGAUGACAGAAUCUUCUUUUUUGGGUGAACUGUCCCAUUAAUGGAGUAUUCCGGGUUCAGUAAAAUGUUAAGCUCAAUUGACAGCAUUUGUGGUAUAAUGUUUGAUUACCACAAAAUUAAUUUCGACUCAUUCCUCCUUUUAAAAAAAGCAAAAAUCGAGGUUACUUGAGGCACUUACAAUGAAAGUGAAUGGGGCCAAUGUUUUGGUGGUUUAAAGGCAGAAUUGGGAUGCUUCUAAUUUUAUAAAAGCACUCACAUGAAUUAUUCUGUUAAAACUCAUGUAUUAAUUGAGAUGUAAAGUAGUUGACAUUUUUUACAGUCAUUUUAGGGUUUGUUGACAUAACAUCGUCAUGGAAACGAAGUUAUAAAAUUGGCUGUAGCUUUUCACAGAAAAGGUUUGUAAGUAAUUUUAUCACACUAAAAUCAUGUUUACAUGCAUAUUCUUUGUCUUGUGAUUAUACUUUUAAAAACGGUGAGUAUUUUAACAUUCAAAAAUUGGCCCCCAUUCACUUCCAUUUUAAGUACCUCACUAUAACCCAGAUUUUGUUUUUUAAAGAAAAGUAGGAACGAGUCAAUAUACAUUUGUUCCUUUUAAAGUUCUGAUGUUUGAAAUAAUAUCAAACCGAUCAAUUCUUAAAAAAAUAUUUUUAUAUUUCUGACAAGAAAAGGGAAUGUUUACGUACAAAAUAUAUUAUUGCUUGAGAUUGUGUCAAUCAAAGAUUUCUGGGCUAUUACAGUUACUGGGAAACAGCGUGUGUGAAGCCACCAUUAAGACCUGAAAUGAUGAGUUAUUUUCCCCUUUUGUGUGUUAUAUUUGAAACCUACAACUUUGCAGUGCCAAUUUGUGGCUCCAUUUGAAGACACUAAUUGUCUAUUUGUUAAUCAUGCCACACUUAAUGCAAGUUCAUUUAUGCAGAUUGCAAAAUGCACAUUUCAAAUGUUACAAAUGAGAUCAUUUCUGUUUGCUGAAAACUUCUAUGUACUGUCAUGCAGUUUAGAAUUUUUUAGACAUGCAUCAACUGCUAAUUUUGAGUUUGCUUUUAAAACCAUAACACUUUUUGAAAAUGUACACUCCUCAAAAUGUGAUGCCAUUUAUUAGCUUAUUUAUUAUGAUUUGAAGUGAUGUGUAUUACAUUGGGCUGACACUCCACAGGUGUUCUGAAGCAACACAGACUUAUAUUAACAGUGGUUUUUAUUAUUUAGAUUGUGUGCCACUCAUAUCUUCUCAGUCAGAGACAUGGGAAGUCAUUAUGUUGAACAACAAAUGCUGCCCUUUAGGUCUCCGGUUGCAUGUGUCCUAACUGAUUCUACUCCAUAAACCAUUCCUAGGUACUGUGCUGAUUGUUGUUUGAUCUGAACUACAGUAUAUCCCUCUGACAAAAGACUAUGUGCACUAACCAAGAAGCUUUUAAAAGAAGAUUCCAGUUUACAUACAACUUGGGUAAGCAGAAGGUUGCCACCGCUAUUGUGUCCUUGAACAAGGCACUUAACCCCAGGUUGUUCCAGGGGGAUUGGCCCUGGAAUAAGUGCACUGUAAGUCACUUUGGAUAAAAGCGCCUUCCAAAUGCAUAAACGUUAAUGUAACCUUAAAGGGAUAGUUCACCCAAAAAUGAAUAUUCUGUCAUCAUUUACAACCUCAUGUUGUUCAUAACAUGUAUGACUGACUUGUUUUACGUGGAACACAAAAUGUUAUGUAGAAUGACAGCCUCAGUCACCAUUCACUUGUAAUGCAUCUUUUUUACCAUACAAUAAAAGUGAAUGGUGACUGAGGCUAACACUGUUCCUAACAUCUGUGUUCCACAGAAAGAACCGGGUUCAGAAAUUAAGGGGGCCUCAGGGCAAAAAUGUCCCUGUAAUUAUUUUAAUUUUUUUCUGAAAUAGUUUUAAAUAUUCUAUUCCAAGCUUAGUUAUCCAUAUUAUAAUGUAAAAUAUUAUUUUUAUGUUGAUUUAAUUUUAUGAGUAGGAGGUAAUGGACAUAUUCUCAGUCUAAUUAUUCAGACUGACAACUUAUUUAAAUGAAUUGAUUACACUGAAUUAUCUGAAUAAAAGAAACAGUGUAAUUUUUAGGAGGGAUUCCACUAAAUAUACAAGAAAUGCCCCUGAAAAAUCUAAUGCAGGGAGAAUUUUAUCCCCUUCAUUGAAAAAGUUUGUUUCUGACACGAAGUAUGAGUAGUGUUAGUAUUUGAUGUGUAUAUCAUCUACAAUCAACUUCAAUACAUAUCAAUCCAAUGAAACGUUAAAAAGAAUGCAUUUCUUUCUAAAUUGGGAGUAUUUGGUUCAUAUUGACAACAGACUCGUGUCUUGUGCUGGAGUGCAACGGUUGCCAUGAUUUGAUUGCCUCUCUUUAAACAUUACAAUGUGAGUGUGGCUCUAUAGAAGUGUCUUUUAAUGGUAAGGACAGUAUGAUCAUAGACUGAAAAGAUGGGGAAAAUAGAGUAAUUCUAGUUGGUGGUGCCUUUCGUUUGGUUCUAUUCCCUCUGAUAAAUCUGGCAUUGUACGUGAAAGCCUGUUUGGACUUUUUUGCCCUUUGCCAUCAUCUUGCAUUUUACUGUAAGUCAUGGGCAGUUUUAACAUCUUAAUCUGAAUAUUGUGUGAAAAUGGAUGAUGUUUGAUUUUUUUUAUUAUUAUUUUCCUGCUACUUAAGUAUUUAUGGUGGUGGCCUUUUAUAUCUAAUUAGUUUUUUUUUAAUUUUUUUUUUUAUGAUUAUUAUUGAAUUGUGUCCAUUAACUUUGAAUUGUCAUUUGCACUUUCAUAGACUAUACUUGAUACAUUCCCGGUUUGUAUGAUGAUAUGUAGCCAAUAAACAGAAAAUAUUGGAAAGUUUUGCUCAGAUUAAAAAAAAGUGU